AUGUCUUGGGACGACACUCCAGCUCCCGCCGGCGACAACUGGCAGGCCGAUGGCGGCUCUGGCGGGUUCCAAGCCGACGGCGAUGCUGGAUUCGGCGGCGGUGACAUAGAGGACGGCAAUUUGAGCAUGCACCACGGCGGCGGUUCUGGUGACGGUGGAUGCCGCAACUGUGGUGAAGAUGGCCACUUCGCACGCGACUGCCCAGAGGAGCCACGCGGCGGCGGCAACUCUGGAGAGGGCUACAACUGCGGCGAGACAGGUCACAACAAGGCUGAGUGCACCAACGAGCGUGUCGAGCGCGAGUUCACUGGCACUUGCCGCGUCUGUGAGCAGGUCGGACACCGCGCUGCUGAAUGCCCGGAGAAGCCUCCGACCGUCUGCAAACUCUGCAAGGGUGAGGGCCACAUCGCGACGGAGUGCACGAUCAACCGUGCAACCAGCAUGUUCCAGGCGUUGGGUAUCCAGGACAUGCCAGCUGAGGAAGCUUGGGCUGCACUCGAGGCUGCCGACAAGGAGAAAGAGAUCGAAGACAUCAAGAAGGCAAUCUAUUCCUACGCCAAGGCCUUUCCGGAGCUCACCUUCGAAGAGCUGGAGAACACUUUCCGCGAUGCGGGCAUGAAUACCUACCUCAUUGCCAAGGAGCAGCCUGUUUCCGACAUGCACACCAUCGUCAACUUGCAGGGCAAGCAAGAGCUGAGGUACGUCGUCUCGUUCCAGUGGUCCGACAAGCCGCGCCGUGCCAAGUUCGCAGAAGGCUGGCCAGAGUCCAAGGAGGACAAUCUCACUCGACUCGCCGAAGCUGGCUUCGUCAUGGAUGGACUGAAGAUGAAGUGCACCAACUGCAACGAGCUCGGUCACUGGUCCAAGUCCUGCGAGCAGGAGAAGAACGAGGCAGCUAAGGUGGCGAUCUCCUGUGCCAACUGCAACGAGGAGGGUCACCGCGCUCGUGACUGCACCCAGGAGCGCAAGUCGGGCAAGAAGGGCUGCCGCAACUGUGGUCUGGAGGAUCACAUCGCCAAGGACUGCACCGAGCCUCGCUCUGCCGAGGGUGUCGAGUGCAAGAACUGCAACGAGAUCGGCCACUUCUCCCGCGACUGCCCGAGCCGUGAGCCAGAUGUCUGCCGCAACUGUGGCGAGGAGGGCCACCGUGCCAAGGAGUGUGAGAAGGAGCGCGUGGUCACUUGCCGCAACUGUGACCAGCAAGGUCACAUCUCCAAGGAGUGCCCGGAGCCACGCAACAUGGCUAAGGUGCAGUGCCGCAACUGCGACGAGUUCGGUCACACUGGCCGCGAGUGCCCGAAGCCCACCGACUGGUCGCGAGUUGAGUGCAGCAACUGUCACGAGAAGGGACACUCGUACAAGCGCUGCACCAAGCCUGCAGCUGAGGAGGAGGAGGCCGGCGAUGGAGGAGGCUGGCAGAACGGUGCUGGCGCUUCUUCUGAUGGUGGAGGCGGCGGCUGGGAGGACAACACCGCUGCUCCUGCUCAGAGCUCUGGUGGUGGCUGGUAA